UUUAUUUUUUUAUUGAGUAAAAAGUUCAUUAAAAGUUUUAGGUGGUCAAAAAACGUCAACAAAAAUAGAAGGUUGUUUUGCUCGUUUUGCUGCAGUAUUUUUGUGUAUAUGUUACUUAACAAGUGUAAAUAAGACGCAAAGGUUAGUAUUGGUGCACGGACACAUUGAGGCAUUGAGCCAUGGAUACAUAUCGAAUAGAAUCGGAUAGAUUUGUGGUGCUCCACACAGACGGUAAGGGCAACAACAAUGAGUUGAUUGACUUCGAUCAGGGUAUCUUGCCACCAGAGCCCCAGCUGGGCAAUGUGGAGUACAAAUUGAAAUUGAUCAAUCCCUCUCAGAUGCGCUUUGAGCAUCUGGUGACGCAGAUGAAGUGGCGCCUGAGGGAGGGCCAUGGGGAGGCAGUUUAUGAGAUUGGAGUUUCAGACUCGGGACAGCUCCAUGGACUGGAUGAUGCGGAUAUGGACACGUCACUGGGCACACUGACGCAGAUGGCUGAUAAGCUGGGUGCCACGACGACGGUUCUGCGGAGGAAAUCCGUGGGGUAUAGGCGUUCGGUGACGGAAGUUCUGGUGCGCAAGAUACCCGAUGAUCAGCACAAUAUUGAGGUGAGAGUGGCAGUUCUGGGUGGAGCUGGGGCGGGAAAGAGUACGUUGCUGGGUGUUCUGACGCAGGGUGUCACGGACAAUGGGCGCGGGAAGGCACGCCUGAAUAUGUUUAGGCAUGUCCAUGAGAUUAAGUCAGGGCGAACGUCCUGCAUCAGUCAUGAAUCUCUGGGUUUCGAUGCCAUGGGCAAUGUGAUAAAUUCCAAUACGAACGACAUGAUAACGGCAGAGGAAGUUCGCGAUAAAUCGGCUAAACUAGUCACGUUUAUGGAUCUCGCGGGGCAUCGACGAUACCUGAGGACAACUGUCCAGGCCCUCAGUGGAUACUCACCCCAUCAUGCGAUGCUGGUGGUGAGUUCUGGGGGUACCAUUGGGGGCAUGACAAAGGAACAUCUGGCCAUUGUUAAGGCUCUGGAUAUUCCAUUCUUCAUAGUCAUCACGAAGAUUGACAUUACGCCACCGGGAACGGUGAUACAGGAGCUCAAGGACAUCCUAACGUCCAUUGGAUACCGCAAAGUACCCAUGCCCAUUGACUCCUACGACAGUGUCUUCACGGCAAGCUCCCAUCAACUCUCUGAGAAUGUCGUGCCCAUUUUCUGUGUCUCCAAUGUCACAGCUGAAGGUCUGAGUCUCAUCACGAGAUUCCUCUAUGUCCUGUCACCGGGUGUCAGUCACUCAGAGCGAGAGCGACUGGAACUGGAGCCAUGUGAAUUCCACAUCGAUGAGAUUUUCCGGGUAGAGGGCGUGGGGAUGGUGGUGGGAGGAUUGCUAGUGAAAGGUGUCGUAACAGAGGGGACUUCUCUCAAAGUUGGUCCCCUUCCGGAUGGUUCCUUUCAUUCAGUCUCCGUGGCCACCAUUCAUCGCAACAAGGCACCAUGCCGAAUGGUUCGUGCCGGCCAGAGUGCUUCACUCUCAUUCACAGCCAACGGUGACCUGCCCAAUCUGCGCAGUGGCAUGGUUCUCGUGUCCACGGACUACGGAUCAGCCACAGAACCCUUUGGUACGCUGUACUUCCAGGCCAAGGUGUCUGUUCUCUACCAUGCCACAUCCAUCUACAAGGGCUUUCAGACAACCGUGCAUAUCGGCAGCAUUCGACAGACGGCCAUCAUUGAGGGCAUCAUGGGUGACAGGAAGCUAAGGACAAAUGACAGUGCCUCAGUGCUCUUUCGCUUCGUCCGGCAGCCCGAAUACGUGCGUGAAGGCAUGCGAAUUCUCUUCCGGGAGAGCUCCAGCAAGGGCAUAGGUGUUGUCACUCAAGUAUUUCCCCUAAAUGUGACUCUCCAGUGAUCUCCCAUCAUCCUCCUACAUCGACAGGAUACUAUUUAUUCUUCAAUAAUGUGAUUUAUCUGAUUUUUUCCGCAUCUCCACAUGCAAUAAAAAUAAUGAAUUUUGAAUUCCCUCUCAAAAA